CUCUCCACUUAUAUAUACAGUAGCGCUCUCACUUAUUGUAUUAAAAAGAAUAAGAAACUGACGCAAACUUGUUAGAAACAUGGCCAACUUUUAUUUGGGAAACAUUAUUUUCUUACUCGUGCUUCUGGUUUCAGUUGUGUGGAAGGCAAGCGCAGUGGCUGCUGAUACCGAUGUAUGUAAAGAUAAUAUUUCGUAUGAUGACGAAGAUUGCAAAAAACAUUUAUAUCUGAGUUGUACGGAGAGAUGCAAAGAAAAAUAUGGUGGCAAGCACAUUACAGGACAGUGCGUUAGACGAUUUUGGGGACAAGAGAUUUGUCAAUGCUUGUAUCAAUGUCCUCCAAAAAAACCUUUCUUUCAAAGAUUUAAGGAUAAAAUGAAGAAAAAACCUCCCCUUCAUAAACCCAAGGAGAUUGAAAAACCAAAACCUAUUGAAGGAGAACAUAAACAACCUACUGAAGGAGAACAUCAAAAACCUAGUGAAGGAGAACAUCAAGAACCUAUUAAAGGAGUACAUAAACAAUGGGGAUACGCAAUGCACUCUCCAAUGGCGUGA